AUGGCGGCCGCAUCGUGUUUGGUUGUAGGCGACAGCUCGGUCAAACAAUCCAAUCGACGGUCCAUGAAGAGGAAACCGUGUAAAAUCAUGAUUAUCAUCAUCAAGUGCAUUCUUGUUGCUAGUCCUGGCUUUGUCAAGCCUAGAGGGGGGAAGGGAAUAACCUCUAACACAAGUGAUCUGGAUACUCAAAACACUGCGACAGCAGAAGUUUGGAAGGUUGAGAAAAGUCCCGACUGUAAUUCGUUAAUUUUGUUGAUUCAUUUUCAAAGCAUCAGCCACGUUGUCAACAUCUUGGAGAGGAUGGCAAUGGAAACCAAACAGCAGACGGAAGCCAUGAUAGCUUUCAUGUACAUCGCCCUGUUCCUGCUCAACUCAGAUCGCAUUCAGAAAGCCAUUGAGAUAUGGAACGAAUGUUUGAUUUUGCUAAAUAACGCCGAUCAAAACAGCAAAGACCAAUUCAUUUCACGACUCCCACUAAUAUACGAGGCCAUUUAUUCUUCUCUUUUCGGCGCUUAUCGUAGUAUCUCUGAAUACAUCAGUGCGGAAAGAUACGGCAUGAAACUGCUUGUCUUACUCAGCGAGACUGGUGACUUAGUAACAGAAGGAGAUGUAAGCAUGGCUCUAGCAGAGAUAAUUGAGAGUCAAAACAGGUUUACAGAUGCCAAAAAGCUUUAUGAAAAAGCAGUUAAUAUAAAGAGACAAACUGGUGAAAAAAAUGGAGAAGCAAGCGCCUGCAUAAGACUCGGAUAUAUGUUUCAUAAACUUGGCGAAAACCUUAAAGCGAAGAAGUAUCUUCAGAGGGCCCUUACCAUAACGACCGAAAUUGGCGACAAAAAAGGAGAAGCAUCCUGUCACGGAAACCUAGGUACAGUGUUUCAUUCGCUCGGGCAAUACGAAAAGGCUAAAGAGUAUCUUCAAAAGGCGCUUGUCAUAGGAACUGAGAUUGGCGACAGAGAAGGAGUAGCAGCUGACUACGGAAACCUAGGUACAGUGUUUCAUUCGCUCGGGCAAUACGACAAGGCUAAAGAGUAUCAUCAAAAAGCGCUUGUUAUCAGAACUGAGAUUGGCGACAGAGGAGGAGUAGCAACUGACUACGAAAACCUAGGUAUUGUGUUUCAUUCGCUCGGGCAAUACGAUAAGGCUAAAGAGUAUCUCCAAAAAGCCCUUGUCAUUAGAACUGAGAUUGGCGACCGAAAAGGAGAGGCAUCAUGCUGCGGAAACCUAGGUGCUGUGUUUCAUUCGCUCGGGCAAUACGACAAGGCUGAAAAGUAUCAUCAAAAAGCCCUUGUCAUUAGAACUGAGAUUGGCGACCGAAAAGGAGAGGCAUCAUGCUGCGGAAACCUAGGUACUGUGUUUCAUUCGCUCGGGCAAUACGACAAGGCUAAAGAGUAUCUUCAAAAAGCGCUUGUCAUCAGAACUGAGAUUGGCGACAGAGAAGGAGAAGCAUUAUGCUACGGAAACCUAGGUACUGUGUUUCAUUCGCUCGGGCAAUACGACAAGGCUAAAGAGUAUCAUCAAAAAGCGCUUGUCAUCAGACCUGAGAUUGGCGACAGAAAAGGAGAGGCAUUAUUCUACGGAAACCUAGGUACUGUGUUUCAUUCGCUCGGGCAAAACGACAAGGCUAAAGAGUAUCUUCAAAAAGCGCUUCUCAUCAGAACUGAGAUUGGCGACAGAGAAGGAGUAGCAGCUGACUACGGAAACCUAGGUACUGUGUUUCAUUCGCUCGGGCAAUACGACAAGGCUAAAGAGUAUCAUCAAAAAGCGCUUGUCAUCAGAACUGAGAUUGGCGACAGAGGAGGAGUAGCAACUGACUACGAAAACCUAGGUAUUGUGUUUCAUUCGCUCAGGCAAUACGAUAAGGCUAAAGAGUAUCUCCAAAAAGCCCUUGUCAUUAGAACUGAGAUUGGCGACCGAAAAGGAGAGGCAUCAUGCUGCGGAAACCUAGGUGCUGUGUUUCAUUCGCUCGGGCAAUACGACAAGGCUGAAAAGUAUCAUCAAAAAGCCCUUGUCAUUAGAACUGAGAUUGGCGACCGAAAAGGAGAGGCAUCAUGCUGCGGAAACCUAGGUACUGUGUUUCAUUCGCUCGGGCAAUACGACAAGGCUAAAGAGUAUCUUCAAAAAGCGCUUGUCAUCAGAACUGAGAUUGGCGACAGAGAAGGAGUAGCAGCUGACUACGGAAGCCUAGGUAGUGUGUUUUAUUCGCUCGGGCAAUACGACAAGGCUAAAGAGUAUCAUCAAAAAGCGCUUGUCAUCAAAAUUGAGAUUGGCGACAAAAAAGGAGAGGCAUUAUGCUACGGAAACCUAGGUACUGUGUUUCAUUCGCUCGGGCAAUACGACAAGGCUAAAGAGUAUCAUCAAAAAGCGCUUGUCAUCAGACCUGAGAUUGGCGACAGAAAAGGAGAGGCAUUAUUCUACGGAAACCUAGGUACUGUGUUUCAUUCGCUCGGGCAAAACGACAAGGCUAAAGAGUAUCUUCAAAAAGCGCUUCUCAUCAGAACUGAGAUUGGCGACAGAGAAGGAGUAGCAGCUGACUACGGAAACCUAGGUACUGUGUUUCAUUCGCUCGGGCAAUACGACAAGGCUAAAGAGUAUCAUCAAAAAGCGCUUGUCAUCAGAACUGAGAUUGGCGACAGAGGAGGAGUAGCAACUGACUACGAAAACCUAGGUAUUGUGUUUCAUUCGCUCAGGCAAUACGAUAAGGCUAAAGAGUAUCUCCAAAAAGCCCUUGUCAUUAGAACUGAGAUUGGCGACCGAAAAGGAGAGGCAUCAUGCUGCGGAAACCUAGGUGCUGUGUUUCAUUCGCUCGGGCAAUACGACAAGGCUGAAAAGUAUCAUCAAAAAGCCCUUGUCAUUAGAACUGAGAUUGGCGACCGAAAAGGAGAGGCAUCAUGCUGCGGAAACCUAGGUACUGUGUUUCAUUCGCUCGGGCAAUACGACAAGGCUAAAGAGUAUCAUCAAAAAGCGCUUGUCAUCAGAACUGAGAUUGGCGACAGAGGAGGAGUAGCAACUGACUACGAAAACCUAGGUGUUGUGUUUCAUUCGCUCGGGCAAUACGAUAAGGCUAAAGAGUAUCUCCAAAAAGCCCUUGUCAUUAGAACUGAGAUUGGCGACCGAAAAGGAGAGGCAUUAUUCUACGGAAACCUAGGUACUGUGUUUCAUUCGCUCGGGCAAAACGACAAGGCUAAAGAGUAUCUUCAAAAAGCGCUUCUCAUCAGAACUGAGAUUGGCGACAGAAAAGGAGUAGCAGCUGACUACGGAAACCUAGGUAUUGUGUUUCAUUCGCUCGGGCAAUACGACAAGGCUAAAGAGUAUCAUCAAAAAGCGCUUGUCAUCAGAAUUGAGAUUGGCGACAGAAAAGGAAUGGCAGCUGACUACGGAAACCUAGGUACUGUGUUUCAUUCGCUCGGGCAAUACGACAAGGCUAAAGAGUAUCAUCAAAAAGCGCUUGUCAUCAGAAUUGAGAUUGGCGACAGACAAGGAGUAGCAGCUGACUACGGAAACCUAGGUAUUGUGUUUCAUUCGCUCGGGCAAUACGACAAGGCUAAAGAGUAUCAUCAAAAAGCCCUUGUCAUCAGAACUGAGAUUGGCGACAGAAAAGGAGUAGCAGCUGACUACGGAAACCUAGGUACUGUUUUUCAUUCGCUCGGGCGAUACGACAAGGCUAAAGAGUAUCAUAAAAAAGCGCUUGUCAUCAGAACUGAGAUUGGCGACAGAAAAGGAGAAGCAACUGACUACGGAAACCUAGGUACUGUGUUUCAUUUACUCGGGCAAUACGGCAAGGCUAGAAAGUAUCUCCAAAAGGCGCUUAAUAUCAGAACUGAAAUCGGUGAUAAGGGAGGGGAGGCAGUAGAUCUUGCAAAUCUUGGAAAUAUGUCCAGAACUGUUGGAGAUUAUGAAGUUUCGGAAGUAUGCUUGGAGAAAGCUUUAUCCAUAUCCAGAGAUAUUGGAGAUAGAAGAACAGUGUUCCAAAUUCUUCAAGAAUACGCCAUUUUGUAUUUAUUUCAAAAUAAAGUCGAAGACUCCCUUUCGUGUCUUCAACUUUGUAUUGAAAAGUAUGAGGAGCUGAGAUCUUUCUUGGGCGCCAAUGAUCAGUUCAAAACAUCAUUUCUGGAGCACUCAGGAAUAUUUCCCUACAAGCUGCUUUGCACUCUGCUUUGUGUCACCGGAAAAACUCGUGAUGCUCUUUACGUUGAGGAGUUGGGUCGAGCUAGAGGCCUAUCAGACUUGAUGGCAGAGAAGUACUCGGUUAAAACGCACAUCUCUGCUAAUCCACAAUCUUGGUUUGGCAUUGAAAACAUUUUUAGAACGAAAAACAACUGUACUUGUCUGUACAUUUCUUAUUUUCACAAUCAUCUGCAUUUGUGGAUCUUGAAAACAGGUGGAGUCCUUCACUAUAGAAGAAUAUCACCUGAAGAGAAUCUAGUUCAGGCCGGGUUGCCCAAAGACUUGCCUCUGAGUAAAUUUUUGGCUAAAAAUUUCCGGAGUCUUGGUAUUUUGCCCAUUGAAGAUUGUGAAGAUCGGUCUUUAAAUGUGGUUGAAUCGCAACCUCUCUCCCCCGAACAAAAAAGCUCAGCAAGGUUGCGACUCUUGGAGGAGGGCGAGGACGAGGACGAGGAAGUCAUUUCAAGUCUAUCCUUGUGUUACAAAAUGUUUAUUGCCCCCGUUUAUGAUUUGCUUGAGGAGCCUGAAGUGAUUAUUGUUCCUGACCGCAGUUUGUACAAAGUUCCCUUUGCUGCCCUGAGUGAAAAGGAGGGAGCCGAAUACCUGUCAGAGACUCGUAGGAUCCGUGUCAUUCCUUCUUUGACGACACUCAAGAUGAUUCAAGAUAAUCCAGAGGACUAUCACAGCAACACUGGUGCCUUGAUAAUAGGCAAUCCCACGGUUGAUUUGCCAGGUGCAAGAAAGGAAGCGGAGAUGGUCGGACGACUGGUGGGCGUUCCCCCCCUGGUUGAAGAGGAAGCAACGAAGCAGGCAGUAAUAGAGCGGAUAAGUUCAGUGAGCCUAAUACAUUUUGCUGCCCAUGGUAGCGCCGAAAGGGGAGAAAUUUCCCUCUACCCCAUUCCUUCUGUCAACAGUCAAAACACUACCCUACCUAAGGAAGCUUACAUGUUGACGAUGGCUGAUGUCUCAAGAGUGAAAGUCAAAGCUAAACUGGUGGUACUUAGCUGCUGUCACAGUGGAAGUGGAGAGAUAACAGCCGAGGGAGUUAUAGGAAUUGCCCGUGCGUUCUUAGGAUCCGGUGCUCGCUCGGUGUUGGUUGCGCUGUGGGCCAUUUCAGACUCAGCAACAGAGAAGCUGAUGAGUCGGUUCUACGAACACCUUGUUGAAGGAGAAAGUGCCAGUGAAUCCCUUCAUCAGGCCAUGAAGUGGAUGAGAAAAAACGGCUUGACCAAAGUGUCUGAGUGGGCUUCGUUUACGCUGAUUGGAGAUGAUGUUAGGCUUGAAUUCACAAACAGAG